AUGGCUUUGACAGUUCAUGGCUUUGACAGAGACUAUCCUUAUGCUUCUGAUGGGCUAGAGAUAUGGGAUGAUAUCAAGUCUUGGGUGGAAGAAUAUGUCUCAUUCUACUACAAGUCAGCUGAGGAACUUCAAAAAGACCCCGAGCUCCAAGCUUGGUGGAAAGAACUUGUAGAGUAUCCAUAUGGAGGUUUAAUCCUGAAUAGACCAACUAUUAGCAGGAGAUUCAUGCUUGAGAAAGGGUCUCUUGAAUAUGAUGCAUUGGCUAAGGACCCUGGGAAGGAGUUUUUGAAGCCUAUUACUGGCAAGAAAGAGACCCUCAUUGACCUUACAGUUAUAGAAAUUUUAUCAAGGCACGCAUCUGAUGAGUUCUACCCUGGGCAGAGAGAUGGUGGUGAGUACUGGACUUCUGAUGCCGGGCCAUUAGAGGCCUUUAAGAGGUUUGGAAAGAAUCUUGAAGAGAUUGAAAAGAAGCUUAUAGAGAAGAACAAUGAUGAGACAUUGAGAAACCGCUAUGGGCCAGCUAAAAUGCCUUACACUUUGCUCUAUCCUUCUAGUGAGGAGGGAUUGACUUUCAGAGGAAUUCCCAACAGUAUCUCUAUCUAAGGGCUCUAUGGUUGCUGAAGUACUGUCCCUGCCUUUAAAUAAAUGUGAAAUAGAAGGAAUUUGAUUCCUUCAUCAGUUGUGUAU